AAGCAUAAUAUAAUCCAGUGCCUGUUCAGCAGUAGAAGUGAAAUUGGCUCUUUUGCCAAUCUAAUGGAACAGCGUUCCUUCGAGCAAGUGUCAUCGUCAAUCGUGUUAAACAAAUCAAAUAUUCGCCACAAACGUGACAAUUGUCGCAAACAGCAAAUACUGCUUUUACUAUUAUGUUGUUUAAACGGAUCAUUGAAGGAAAGUCGAUGUUGAACGCUGAUGUUAAGGAUAGGUUACCAGAGAAAUGUUCUAGAAGGAAAUCGGAAUGCGACGGUUGUGGGGAACAUUCCACUAUAUUGGAGGAAAUGAUGAAGAUGGUGCUACUUGGUGUAGUUUUGUGGGCAGGGGUUUCGUUCGGAAGUCAUGUUGCUCCUUACCCACUCAACUUAAUUGUGACCACAGAUAUAAUUCAUCCACCACCUAUGUAUGACUUCCCGUUUCCUAGCGCCCAAAUGCUUAAGAAGCUACCUCAUGUGACUACUGAACAUACAAAUAAGUCAAUUACCAUAAGUAAACUAUCAGUUUCGAUGCUUGAACGUUUGGAGCAAAACUUAAAUUGGGCAGGGAUUAAGCCGCAAUCAGGAUCUGCAGCGCAAGGACUUUCUAUACACGGUUUACCAUCAAAUGAUGCAAUGAAGUAUGAGAAAUCAUCUAUGAUUAUAUCAAAAGCAUCGCAAAAUUUGGUUUGGACUAAAUGUACAAGAUACGGCUUGGCACCCGACGAGUGUGCGAGUUUUAUAAGUACGUUAAACUUACGUGAAAGUGAAUAUGGACCUGAAUGCGCACAGUUGGAACGAUUUACGUGUCCGAAGAAUAAAAUGUCAUCUAAGUACCGCAUGUUUGAUGGCUCUUGUAAUAAUCCCGUAAGAUCUUCGUGGGGCCAGGCCCUGACUGGUUACAAGCGUCUCCUGCAUCCAAGAUACGCCGAUGGCAUUGAAGAACCUCGUCGCGCCAUUAGCCAUAAAGAUUUACCUUCAGCUCGGUUAGUAAGCGUAGUAUUAGGAGAUAAUAUGGAUGUUCCCGACAGCAAGAAGACAAUUAUUUUGCCUCUGUGGAGUCAAUUCAUUUUCCACGACUUGGUUCAUACUCCUGUCCGCAAAACAAUUCACACCAACCAGCCUAUUCGCUGUUGUGAUAAUGAUGGUUACAACUUGGCGCCUCGCUACUUGCAUCCUAGCUGCAUGCCAAUCUCAGUGUCCAGCGAUGACCCCAUAUAUGGCAAAAAAUACGUGACUUGUUUGGACUACACGAGAUCCGUUACCACUUACCGCGGUGACUGUACUUUUGGAGCUGCGGAACAGAUGAACCAAGCAACUCAUUUUAUGGAUGGCUCUCAUAUCUACGGCUCGAACAGUCGUGACGCCGCAGCAUUACGCGAAAAGACAGGUGGUCUUUUGAAGACAAGCACAGUUGACAAUGAGGAGUUACUGCCUUUAUCAACAAACCCAACAGAAAAAUGCCUCGUCAAUACUGAUUCUGAUACCUGCUUCAAUACUGGGGAUGUUCGUGCAAACAUGCAUCCGGGAUUGACCAGCCUUCACUCAUUAUGGGUCAGAGAACAUAACCGUAUCGCCAAAACAUUGGCUAAUCUGAAUCCCGGUUGGAAUUCUGACAAAUUGUACCACGAGGCCAGAAGGAUUGUUGUGGCUGAACUGCAGCACAUUACGUUCAAGCAUUGGCUACCUGCUUUGACUGGCAAAGUUUUCGAUGAACUUUACGAUAGUUACGAUUCCGGUUAUAAUUCGGACAUUGAUCCGACUAUCACCAACUCGUUCGCGACUGCCGCGUUCCACUUCGUGAACAGUUUGCUCGAUCAGGAUAUCGAGUUGCUGGAUGAGAACAACAAUAUGACGUCACAUCGUCUCGUACACAACUACUUCAACCCACAAUUACUUGCUCAGAAGAAGGGCCUAGAAAAUCUACUCAGAGGAAUGGUCAAUCAGAAGAGUCAAGGAUUGGACUUGAACUAUGAUGACGAUCUCCGCCACAGCUGGCUGGGUGGUUUAGAUGUGAUGGCGGUGGACAUCCAGCGUGGUCGGGACCACGGUCUGCCCGCUUACGCACACUACCGCGCACUCUGCGGACUGCCGCUACCCACCACUUUUGACGAUCUCAAAGAUGUCAUGCCCGCCCAGACGGUGGAUUCCUUAGCUCGCUUGUAUGAAAACCCGAAUGACGUAGAUCUCGUAGUGGGAAUAAUGGCCGAGAUUCCCCUAGAAGGAUCUCUUCUCGGACCAACUACUACAUGCUUGAUAAGGGAGCAGCUGCGUCGCACGCGCGCCGGCGACCGUUACUUCUACUCGCACGCGGACGAGGCGGGCAGCUUCAGCAAGCGCCAGCUGGCGGAGCUGCGGCGCGCGUCGCUGGGCGCCGUGCUGUGCGACAACACCGCGCUCGCGGCGCUGCAGCGGGACGUGUUCCGCCCGCCCUCCGCCGAUAAUCCUAUCAUUUCUUGCGACGGAAUCAGGAAGGUUAAUCUUGAAGCUUGGCAAGAUCCUUCCCAGCAACCGGACAUCUUGACGCGCACCAACAAGUGGAUCAAAAACAAAGUUGGCAGUAAUUCCACAAAAUAGACUGACAGUCCUUUAUAUAGAUUUAAGAUUAAUAUUUUUGUGUAGCUUUUUCUUGGUCUGCGGUGGUUUGAAUGGAUUUUUUAUUAAAAAAAAAAAAGUAAAAUCAUAUCCAAGUCCAAUAGCUCAAUGAUAUGUUGGUUGAUCAGCGGUCUGAAAGU